AUAAUGUUCCGGAAAUGCUGUUAUGAGACGCCCUCUUAAAUACCCCCGGCCCCAUAACCACUCCCCUCCCCAUGAUCAAGAGAUAAAUUCUCCAUCAUUAUUAGUUAUUCUUUGGCGAUCUCCCAGAUCAGUUACGUUUGCAACUGCGACAACAGGCCGGCCAUUUUCCGCGUCAGUUCUGAAAACGAAUUUGGCUCGAAAAACAAAAUAGUGAGUUAGAUGUGGAGUGAAACUAGAGAGAGCUUCGGAAUCGUGAGACGCGCGACUUCCGCGGUUUCCCAUGCCCUGUUGUUAUCUCGCGUGAUUCCCGUUGACAGUUCCUUUCGUGACCAGCUGACAAGAACUUUGUGUCGUCUCGUGAAUUGGUGUUACGUUUCAUUAAAGUCAUCAUAUUCAUUCUGCCAUCAUCACGCGAGGUAGGUCAGUUCUGUAUUGCGACCAGUACCAAUGUGAUAAGGGUGUUAAACGAUGGUAGGCUUUUCUGUACCGUUUAUCCUGUUUGGCCUUUUCAUCGCCUUUGUCGACGUUCAAGGAGCAGAUCAUUAUGAAGGAAGAACACGACUUUCUCGCAGAUCAACUGACACGGAGUUGAAGAACAAACUCGAUUCUAUCGUUUCGAUGCUUGGCAAGCUGAAUGAUAAAAUUGAUUCACAGGAGCAGCGGAUUGCCGCCUUGAGUAGGCAAGUGGGAAACAUUAACUGCAAUGGACAACAGAGUAAAGUUCCUCGUGACUGUGCUGACGUCUACAAGUCCGGUCGUCAUGGAAACGGUAUUUACACCAUUGAUCCCGAUGGCGAAGGUUCCAUGGAAGUGUUUUGUGACCAGACCACAGACGGUGGUGGCUGGACAGUGUUCCAGCGGAGACUGGACGGCUCGGUUGACUUUUACCGUGAAUGGAAAGAAUACAAAGAAGGGUUUGGUACGGCUGGAGGUGAAUAUUGGUUGGGACUGGACAAUAUAAACCGGCUGACCAAUCAGGGACGAAUGAUGUUACGUGUGGACUUAAAUGGAAAGAUGCUACAGUCCGCGCAUGCUCUCUACAGGGACUUUACAGUCUCUAAUGAAAAGCUGAAUUACACCCUUGGUAUAGGUUCCUACACAGGGACAGCGGGCGACUCUCUGAGCUGGCAUAAUGACAUGCAAUUUACUACACGUGACAGAGACCACGACAACUCUGCUGACGGAAACUGCGCAGAAUUCUACAAAGGGGCGUGGUGGUAUAACGCAUGCCUGUCGUCAAAUCUCAAUGGCGUCUAUUACCGCAAUCAGCAGACAUCAUACGCCGACGGGGUGAACUGGAAGACUUGGGGCGGACUUUACUACUCUGCAUCUCGAGCUGAAAUGAAGUUGCGACCAAUGGGAUUCAACGGAAGGUUGUGAUCGAGAAAGUUAUAAUUAACGACGAGACUAUCUCAUUUUCUUUUUGCUUGUCGGUAAAGGUGGUUUGCAAUGAGGUAAACCUUUUUCUAACGCUAUGCGCUGAUUUACAUGUAAGUAAUGAUGUGGGAUGAUUAAAGAGGAAACAUCCUUUGCAAAAUUGUCAGAAAUGUAGCAGUUCUCGUAAGCUACUAUUGUCUUGUUAUUGUAUCAGCUGUUACUGUUUUAGGGCUAGGGGGCAUUGUUUCUGUUGUUUGUUCUAUUGUCCUCUCAAAGGGUAUCAAGCCAUUCAUGUGAAACCUUACGAGAGCUGCUACCUGACCCAAAAUUUUAUGACAUCAUGUGCAAUCCAUCGGGUCGGUCAUUAAAAUUAUUGUGCAUCUGUGAACUUGAUAUGUUUACUAAUAAACGACCUCAUUAUAUAUGAACAAAAGCUUCUCAAAACCCCUCAGUGAUAAACCAGCCUUCAGUGAGCAUAACAGGUGUAAUUCUCUUCAUUUGCGCAAUUCAAGUCAUACAGUCUUCUUACGAUAGAACCCACUUUUAUUUGCUAUUCACUUACAUAACUCACUAAAGGAAAAAGCUGCAAUACCUAACUAUACAAUAUUUUAGCGGUACUUGAUUUUCAUGUUCUACUGGCUUAUGCCAACAACUGAGUUGCUUGGCUUUGUUUUCAUGAUAUAUAGCCCUCGAGAGCAA